AUACCACAGUACUUCACAAAACAAGUAUAUAAAGUCUUAAAAUCUUGUUUUUGUAACAUUUGAAAAUGCGUUUCUCAGACUUAGUCUUCGCGUGUGUAUUUUUGUUAAUAAUGGGGAGCUAUGGCUUGGAGUUGGCGAUGGACAGGACACCUCAGCCAAGUCCAAACGGGGAGCAGGUGUUCUGUGGUCAGCUGCGCUGCUCGGCCGACACUGCCGCGAACAAAGACAUACUCACCAUCAUCAGCAUGCUCAUCUCUGACGUCACGGUGCCAGACAAGCCCACGACCUUGGCUACCAUCACGACCUUCCAUGCAGGAAGUCCCGAAAAAACGCGUCCGGAUAUUGAGGUGCACGGGUCCAUCUCGCGGUACCACGCAGACAUCACGGUCGACUUCACCAACCAAUCAGACUGCUUGCAGGGCAGUUUCUCCUGUGAACUGGACUUUGUCAACAUUUCCGGUUUGCCCGACGCGCUUAAGGCGGUGGUGCUGGCAGAAAAUUUGGACAGAAAUUUCACAAACUCUGAACUUCUGAGAGCCAUCUCGGUGGAGAUAUCGAAUCAGAUGGCCAAAAUGGAGACCACAUUACGACGACUUAUCAACGACUUGAGCCUCAAAUUAAACAACGUGAACUCUUCAGUAGCGGAGGUACAAAACAUGGCGGAGAUAAUCAAAGGGGAUCUAACGUUACUUGGAGCCAACUUUCACGAAGGUACGAGUUCAAAUCUCGGCUCUGUCGUGGACUCCGCGGCUCUGAGGAACCUGAGCUUGCAGAUAGAGACGGCAGGAGAAAGUGUGUUGAAUGAGGUCAAGGGACUGCGCGAUGUUCUGACGGCGAAUUCUUCACUUUUGCAAACCAGUUUGAGUUUGAUAAGUCAGGAUGUAAUGACAUUAAAACAAGAUGUCAAUGUCAGUGUCGUCAGUGGCAUUAGUCAGAUGUCACAGAGAUUUCAGGACUUUACCCAGAACUACAACCACAGCAGUUGGUUGUUGGAGUCGAGGCUGGACAACAUCACACUCACGACCUCUUCUGGCUUUCAGUUCGUCAAGUCGUUUUUACUGCCUGACUCGUGUGUCCGUGGUAUGCUGGCACGGGAGUCACGUGUUGUCUUUAAACUAGAUGACCAAAAGUACGCUCUGUGUGACACACAGACAGAUGGUGGGGGCUGGAUCGUUAUACAGCGACGAACGAAAGGAGACACCAACUUCAGUAGAACUUGGGAUGAGUACAGAGAUGGGUUUGGGUCGGUUGAUGGUGACCUGUGGCUAGGGAAUGAGAAGGUUCACCAACUGACGACCAGUAGAAUCUAUGAGCUACGUAUAGACAUGAAUGGCGACCAUAGAACCCACUACGCCUACUACAGCAGGUUUCAACUAGGUGACGAAAGAUCUCACUAUGCUCUGCACCUUACUGGCUUCAAAGGUGACGUCCAGGACAUUUUCACGGAUGACCAAUACAACAACUGGAUCACCGCGCCUUACACAACACCCAAACCGGACGGUUUCUACGACGAUAAAUACGGCAGCGUCGUGUUUUCCACUGCCGACAAUGUGAGCAGUGACCUGAGCUACGACUACCACUGCCUUGACCUGUAUGGUGGGUGGUGGCUAUGGCGGUGUCAAGACUACCCCACCAACCUAAAUGGGGAGUGGGGUGACUCCUCCUCCUUUAAAUGGGGAGAUCUGUUUUACUCGUCCACCCCAACGUUUGUAGAGAUGAAGAUCCGCCUCGUUUAAUUUUCUCCAUCCAAGUGCUUAAACUUAUUAUCUAAUUGCGUUUGAUUCAAAUCAAUAUUAUAUUAUAGUCUUUCCUUGAUUUUUAAUUACAUUUGUUCAUUGAAAAUAUUUUCUUAAACCAAUCAGUACUUCUUAAAAUUAAACACGUAGUUAUUUCAAUCUGUAUAUUUUACAGCCAUAUUCAUCACACUCAUAAUAAAGAAAAAUGAUACUAAAAUAAAGGUACUUUUGACAGACAAUUUAGCGGUUCCCAAGCAUCCAGUAUAAAUGAGCGUAAUUCUAGCAGUUCAUUGUUUACAUUUGUACAGUCGGUUAAUACACGUACUGGCGCGAUGUUGCGACAGUGUAAUGUCAUGAGAUGAGAUGUUAACUUGCAAUCGCUGAAACAUCAAAGAUGCAUUUAAAUUUUUUUUAAAUAAAAGACCCAAAGGAAUUUAAUUUUUUAAAUCUACACGAAUAAAAAAUUAACUUUUCAAUGAUCGUUUUGAGUGAUGGUGUUGAAUCCCGUCUGGCUAUACACCUACCAUUCUGUUUUUUUUUUUAGUUUUCGUCCAUGCCUUUGUAUUGUCAACGCUUUAAAGUAACACUUAUUUAAUAUUGCUACUGAAAACUUUCUUGGAUUCAGCUCAGUGUGCAUGGUUUAAAAGUACGCU